AAAAUAACACUUGCAGAGCUAAUAAGGUAACAAAUUCUUGACAUUAAUAUUGUUAGAAGCUCAUAUUAGAAUUGUGUAGUCUAAAAAAUGAAGACAAAUAUUUUUGCAAUCUCAAUAAUUGUAUUUAUUAAGAUAAUGACUGUGUAUUGCUUUGGUUGGGCACCAUCGCAUGUCGGGAUUUGCCAAUCUCCGAUUGACAUUAGACCAGAAACAUGUAUAAGAGAACACCCUAGCACACUGGAGCUACAAAAUUUUGAUGUCCAACCCAACUCAAUGCUCGUAGAAAAUAAUGGAUACACUGUUCAAUUUUCCUUUGAGUUCGGACAAAAUGCUCCUUAUAUAAAUACACAAAUGCAAAAUGCAUUAAAAGUAUAUAAACUUGCGCAGUUGCAUUUCCACAUUGGAGAUGAUGACUAUGAGGGAUCGGAACAUACAAUAGAUGAAAUGUAUUACUCUUUCGAAAUCCACUUAGUUUUCUUCAAUUCAGCGUACCAUGACGCAACUGCAGCAACCUCGUUUCACGAUGGAUUGCUUGUGUUAUCCAUCUUAUUUCUACAUUCGGACUAUGCUCAAAACUUACCAUUUACUGAGUACUUACACAAUGCUAAGUAUUCUGGUGAGAAAUACUUCGUAGCAAACAAUUUGCUGCAUCAUAGACUGAUUGACUUCAUCAGAUACGAAAACUUUCAAUAUGUCCGCUAUGCUGGUAGUUUGACUACGCCGUCAUAUGCAGAAACUGUAACGUGGUUUGUAUCUACUGACAUAAGAUUUAUUAAUGAAAUGGAUUUACGUAUUAUUCGAGGGAUCGAAGGUGAUGCUGGUCUAAUAGCUGGAAACAUGCGUCCAGUUCAACCAAACAACGGACGCAAGUGCUACAAAAACUACUGAAAAAGCACACCUUUUUGCAAGAUAAUCGAAAAUAAAUUCAGAUGUUU